GAAAUAGUCUCAAGCUUUUUUUUUGCCGUUUUCUGCUUUUUUUCUUCUUUUAAAAAUCUAAUUGUACCUGGAUGCUGUUCCACAGAAACAACCCUAGUUUACCUGGUCCUUUCUCAAUCAUUUAUUUAUCAGAAAACGCCUGGUCAUGGUGUGCCAAGACUCUGGCAGAUAAGAUCGAUUGUACCCUUUAGUCUUUGCCUUUGGUACUAUGCACACUUUGAUCUUGUGCAGAAUGCAGCUGGACAGUGCCUAAUGUUUAAAGUACAUUGUGUCAUGGACGGACAGAAUUACCAGCACAUCCAUCAAACUGAUACUGCAAUGUAUGCUCUGCCAAAUAUCCAAACCACAUUCUGCUCUCCAGCAACGGAGAAUCAGAUGCUGAAUCCCAAUUUAUGGAACCAUAUUCCAUACUCGUAUCCAACAUAUCCUGCCACAGUUCCUCUAAAUGAUCACCGGCAGAUUUUUCGUACACCAAAUCAACCAUUUUCAGAUAGUUUACCCAUCAAUGGUCAAAACUAUGAAGAGUCAAGCUUGGAAUCAAUAUUCCAACUUAGAAAUGGAGAACAUAUACAGGAUUUCAAUUGUAUGGAUGAUAAUUCCCUUUUCUCAUCACCUGAUCCAUCACUAUCUGAUAUUGCUGAUACUGAGGAUUUUAAUCUGGAUGUUCUUAAUCCAAGUAUUUGGGAUUCAAGACUAGAUUCCAGUUUAGAGGUCUGUAUUGAAAGGCUUGCACAUCCAUUUCCACUAAAUCUGCCAUUUUCAAAUCAUCUACAAAUCAGUAAUGGGCCGACACACUCCUUUCAGACUCCACCCCAACCAGAAGAGGAAGAAGAUGCUGACGAUGAGGAGACAGAAGAAUUGGGCCACGCAGAAACAUAUGCAGAAUAUGUACCUUCCAAAUCUAAAAUUGGAAAUAGUCAUCCAGACAAAGUAGUUGAAACAAGUACUUUAUCAAGUGUGCCUCCUCCGAAUAUCAGAUACACACUCUGCCUUCCUGAAGCUACAAUUUCAAAUGGCUCUUUGUCUGCACUACAACUAGAAGCAAUCAUAUAUGCAUGUCAGCAACACGAAAUCUUGUUGGAAAAUAACCAUCGUGCAGGGUUCCUCAUUGGUGAUGGAGCUGGUGUUGGAAAGGGAAGAACUGUGGCUGGUAUUAUUUAUGAAAAUUAUAUAAAGGGCAGGAAAAAGUCAUUGUGGUUUAGUGUCUCCAAUGACCUGAAAUAUGAUGCUGAACGGGAUCUUAGAGACAUUGAUGCUUCAAAUAUUCCAGUGCAUGCUCUCAACAAGAUAAAGUAUGGUGAUACAGCUACUUCUGAAGGUGUAUUGUUUGCAACGUACUCUGCAUUGAUUGGUGAAAGUCAGGCUGGUGGUCAACACAGAACGAGGCUAAAACAGAUUCUGGAUUGGUGUGGGGAGCACUUUGAUGGCGUUAUUGUAUUUGAUGAAUGUCACAAAGCAAAAAAUGUCUGUGUGAAUGGCAGUACCAAAUCCACCAAAACAGGCCUGGCUGUCUUAGAGCUGCAAAACAGAUUGCCAUUUGCACGAGUUGUUUAUGCAAGUGCCACAGGUGCCUCGGAACCAAAAAACAUGGCUUACAUGUGCCGCUUGGGUAUUUGGGGAGAGGGCACGCCCUUCCGCCAGUUUGAGGAUUUUCUUCAUGCUAUUGAGAAACGCGGUGUGGGUGCUAUGGAAAUCGUUGCCAUGGAUAUGAAAGUUAGUGGCAUGUAUAUUGCACGGCAACUGAGCUUUGCUGGAGUGACAUUCAGAAUAGAAGAAAUACCUCUGGAUCAAAGUUUCCAACUUGUAUAUAACAAAGCAGCUGUACUGUGGGCUGAAGCAAUGAAUGUUUUCCAACAAUCAGCAGACCUAAUUGGUUUGGAAUCCAGAAAAUCUCUUUGGGGGCAGUUUUGGUCAGCACAUCAACGCUUCUUCAAGUAUCUGUGUAUUGCUGCCAAAGUCAAGCGUUUAGUAGAAAUAGGCAAGCAAGAAUUACAGAAGGGCAAGUGCAUUGUUAUUGGACUGCAAUCCACAGGUGAGGCUCGGACACGAGAAGUACUUGAUGAGAAUGAUGGCCGCCUUAACCAAUUUGUAUCUGCUGCAGAAGGUGUCUUUAAGUCACUCAUUCAGAAGCACUUUCCUUCAAUAAAGAGAAAGAAAGAAAAAGGAACAGGGAUGAAAAGAAAACGAAAAUCACACGUUCGCAACGUAAAACACUUGAAAACUGUGUCAGAAUAUGUAUGUUUGUUGAAAAGCAGUGAUGACAGCAGCUGUGAUUCGGACGUUGAUACUGACAGUGACCCGAACUCGUCACCUUCAUCUGCCAUGGAGAUAUCUGAAGAGAAUGAUCUCAUUGCUUUGGAUACUCCAAAUGAUUUUCGAUCUACAGAGAAAGCAACACUAGAUUAUGUAGAGAAAAUGAAAUGGGAUCUGUUAGCAAAGGUUGAACUACUAGGAAAAGAACUACCUCUGAAUACACUGGAUGAACUGAUUGACUUGUUCGGUGGUCCUGAGCAAGUCGCUGAGAUGACUGGAAGAAAGGGACGUGUUGUUCGCAAACCAGAUGGCUCAGUUUGUUAUGAGUCAAGAGCAGAACAAAAUUUGUCCAUCGACCAUGUGAAUUUAAAGGAAAAGGAGCGGUUCAUGAAUGGGGAUAAGUUUGUAGCUAUUAUCUCUGAAGCAGCCAGUUCGGGAAUUUCACUGCAGGCUGAUAAAAGAAUAAAAAACCAACGAAGAAGAGUGCACAUGACCCUAGAAUUGCCUUGGAGUGCAGAUCGUGCAGUUCAACAAUUUGGUCGUACUCAUAGAUCAAACCAAGUGUCAGCUCCAGAAUAUAUAUUCCUCAUUUCUGAACUUGCAGGCGAAAGACGUUUUGCCUCCAUUGUUGCUAAGCGUCUGGAAAGUCUGGGUGCUUUGACUCAUGGUGACCGAAGAGCAACAGAAUCCAGAGACCUCAGCAAGUACAAUUUUGAUAACAAGUAUGGAACUAAAGCACUGGAUAAGAUAAUUAAAACCAUCUUGGGUCAAAUUGAAAACAAAGUACAACCACCAAAAGAUUACAUUGGAGGUUCCAGUUGUUUUAUAGAAGACAUGAGACAGGGACUGAUGGCUGUUGGGAUAUUUUGCAAAGAAAAUCGUUAUGGAUCUAUCAAUGUGGAAAAAGACUGCAGCAUCACAAAGUUCCUGAAUCGAAUUCUUGGACUCGAGGUUCAUAAACAAAAUGCACUUUUUCAGUAUUUUACAGACACAUUUGAUUAUCUCAUUGAGAAGGACAAAAAAGAUGGAAAAUAUGACAUGGGAAUUCUAGAUCUAGCUCCAGGAGUAGAAGAGAUAUACGAGGAAAGUCAGCAGAUCUUCCUUACACCAGGACAUCCACAGGAUGGACAAGUCGUUCUUUAUAAUAUAAGUGUGGACAGAGGCAUGCCCUGGGAAGAGGCUUAUCAGAAGUCACUCACUUUAACGGGACCUAAUGAUGGUUUCUACCUUUCGCACCGGCUUAGAGGAAAUGAGCCUUUUGCACUUUUGGCUGAGCAAAUCACUGUGAAGCAUUAUGUGUUGUAUAAACCAAAUAUUGGCAAACAAAUACAACCAGAAAGUUUUGAUAACUUAAGGAAAAAAUACAAAAGAGUUGAACCAGAAGAAGCCAAAGAAAUUUGGCAAAACCUGUAUAGUUUCUCAUUCAGAAAAUGCAGUCACGCAGCUUGGAAUGGGAAGUGUAAAAUAGUGCAACAAGGGAAGGAGUGUGUCCAAGGAAUGCGGUUGCGCCAUUACUACAUGUUGUGCGGGGCUCUUCUAAGGGUUUGGAACAAAGUUGGAAACAUUAUGUCUGAUGUUACAAGUUCUAGUCACUUGCAAAUUGUGCGUCUAAAAACCAAGGACCAGAGAAAGCAAGUUGGUAUAAAGAUUCCUGAAGCCUGUGUUUAUGCUGUUGUUAAUGAGCUGAAGAAAAUGGACAUGGCAGUAAAGAAGAAGCAGGAGGAGAGUCGGCAGCUGCUGGCAAACCAAGUACUACAAAUAUGUCAAAGUGAAGCACAGAGUAGUUUAUCUGUAGAACAAGCAUUCACUAACAACACUCAGAUUUUAACAGAUACUUUUGACCCUGUUCAAGUUUUACAAGAGCUAUUAGGACUUGACUAUGAUGCGUUCGGAGAGCAGGAGCAAAUGCUAAAUCAGGAUCGGCAAAGUGUUAUUCAGUAUGGCCAACCGUCGCACCUCUGGGAAGCUGGCUGAAUAGCAGGAGGCUAGAAUACUGCUCUAAUAAAGUGCCUGACUCCAGUCAAAAUCCUUCUCAUCAUGCAGGCUGAAAAUUGACAAGUCAUAGAUUCACCCCUUCAGUGACACUGCCUGCAUUUAAAGAUCCAACUGAGACAAGGCUGCUUUUUUUUUGACAAUUUUCUUGAAGGUUGAAGGCUUUGAAGAUGAAUUUCUUCAACCUUUGAAUCUUUGAUAUGGCGUUAUCAGAAGCUGACAUGGUUCUUUCCUUCUCAUAUUGUAUUUUUGGUACUGUUGUAAUCAAUCAAGCACUUGCUCAUUUACACCUGGAUAUUGGAUGAGACCUCUGGAUUUGCACAAUCAAAAACCUACGAGAAGGGCGAAUUGUAUAAAAUAACAGAUAAUAAGGUUCAAUGGUUGGAAAAUAAAGUUCACCCCAACCUAAUGAAACAGAAAACCAGCUAUCCCAACAUCUGCCAUUUCAUUUGGGAACCUGCUCAAAAAGCUGUACUUCCAAGAUAGAGUAUAAUUUUCUCUGUUGUCGAGCAACUGCUGUUCUUUUAUGUAAAACGUUUUUUGGGGGGCUUAAAUAAGCACUUAACAGCAGUGUGAUUACAGUGCAGUAAACUGUUCAUGUACAAUUAAUAUGCUUUAACAAAGUGCAACAUUGUAAUGUACAAGUAUAUAAAUAUAUAAACUCUGUCAUCUUUUAAAAAGAUUGUAACAGUUUUAUACCACACAUGGUCUGGUAACUGUGGUGAUAUGUUUCUUAUUGCCACACUUGUAGUAUCAUAAAGAUGUAAAUUUAUUUCUAAAUUAUAUAUUUUAAGCAUGUGGUAUAAAUAUAUGUUGUGGAAAGCAGCAAGACUUGAUGUAUGCAUCCACAGAGUUACAAACUUUCUGACUUAAGGAUGUUAGUCAUGUCUUUAACUAUAUUGGAACAACUAUGCAAUAGCUUAUAAGAGUGUAGUUACAGAAAUUGCUGGUUAAAGUAUCGUUAUAUGCUUAUAUAUGUCCCCCUUGAAAUAUUUACUUUAACCUGGAAACGUCACUCUUGUGUAGAGCCACUCCAGAUGAUUGAGAAAGUUUACAGUCUCGAUUAUAAUUGAAGUUAAAGCAAAUUAAGUCAGAUUGUUCUGUCUGAAUCUUGUAAGGAACCAUGUUGGAAAAUUUGAGAGUCAGUUGGAGACAGAAGAGUAACUUGGUUGUGUGUUCAAAACAUAAUUGAUUUGACAAGAAUGUGAAUUCUGGCAGAAAAACUGUCUUAAUUUGCUUUACUUCAUUUUAAAAAAAAAAAGAAAUAAAGUCAUAUUUUGUCAUUUUAUUUAUUUUUAUCCUUUUAAAUGCUGUUUUUAUGGCUUUUUUUCCCUCUAUAUUCAUGUCUACCCUGCAGGUUACCCUGCAUUAAUCUCCUCUUACUAAUCACUAUUCCUUCAGGAAAAUGCAGUAGAAAUCUUUGUUCUUCAGUCAUUCAGUAAUUCACUAGCAAUACCAUUGUAGAGCAAAGGAGCUGCACUGGUUGGAAAAAUAUGCAACUUUUUAAAGUAAAUGACUCCAUGCUGGAGGUUUCUUGUAAAGUGAAAUCUGUUGCUCAGAAUAUUGUCAGUAUUGGUACUGUAAACCUACUGAUUCAUUUGGAGUGACCUAAAGAUUACUUUAUGAAAGCCUGGUUCCUUGCUUAUAGGUAAAAAGUUCCUUUCAUUGUCCUGCCAUUCAAAACUGGGAGUAAUCACUGGGGACAAGAAGCAGUUCAGUUCUUUAGUAACCCUUGCAUUGGUUUCACGCACACUUGCAUCACUUAACUCAGGUACAGGAAAGUUAUCUCGAUCCAGUGGGUAUACAUACUGAAACUUGGCAGAAUCAGAAUGGUGAUAUUUAAGAAGUCAUUUUUUAUAGAUUGAAAUUAAGAUCUGACAUAAUUGCUAUCAUAAGAUUUGCCUAAAAUCUGCAUCACAAUUUUUUAGUUAAACUGACAUGCAUGUACUCUAUAAAUCAUUUUAUUCAAGGCUGAUGCUCAGCUUGUGAAUUUUGUGAGAUUCACUAAUUUCUUUUAAGCAUGUAAGGGUUACAAUACCCAAGAUAACUAAUCCAGUGCCUAAACAUAGUUUGAUAUAUCCAUUCCUGUUGAUGACUCCAGAGUUCUGGUGGAUAUAAAUUCAAGCAAAUAGAAGCUCAAUAAAAUAAAAGUAAUAGUUCACAGUUAUAACUGACCUAUCGCACCUUUGGACCAAGGAUGGUUUGGAACAAUACAAAGAGCAAAAUAGUGGCCUUUAACUGUCAACCAGUUUAGGUGAAUUGACAAACAUGACAGCUUGAUUUAGUGUGAGAGGAAUGUGUAAUAGCCACUAUUUGAUAUUGUGAAUAAAUGAUUAACACAUUCAAACCAAACAUUAUGGUAUUCAUAUUAAUGCUGCUGUUGCUUGAUAGAGAAGCUCUUUGAAUGGAGCAGUGAGUUCUGGGAAUUAGACAGGUAGGUUAGAAAUAAAGAACCAAACCAAACGCACUCAGCCUUUAAUUGAUGGAAAAUUGCUGAUGUCAUAAUAGUUGAUAUUUAAUGGAUUAAAAGAAAGCAUAUCUUGAUCACUUCCUCUUCCUGAAUGUAAUGGAUUGUAAGAUCAUUGCCAGAAUCAUUUUUGCUUCUGUUCAUUUUGAAGCUUUGCUCCAACCAUUGCAUUAUUUGUUCUCCGUAAUCACAAGCCCAGUUGUAUUUUUUUUGCUUGAUAUACAGAAAGGAACAACUAACAUAGGUUGUGUGCAGUAACAGGGAACAAUGAGAAGAUGGUGAAAUAGGGAAGAUGUAUGUAAUUUUUGCUAAUAAAAAGCACCCAACUAUAAAUGUUCUAUCGGCUUAAUGUAAGUUUAAACAAAUUUAAUUCAGGGACUGCUGUAAAACUUAAAAACUUGUAUUAAUCUGUCAUUCAAAAUUUUGAAUGCACUGUAAUAUUAGAAACCAGAUAUUAUUUGCUUCUGUGCCCGUACAUUACUAUUUUCACCAAGUAUUCUAACAAGGAUAGAACACAAAUACCAAAGUAUUCACCAUCUUAAGUUGCCUGCUUAUGAAAUCUCUUUGCCUCAGGAACCAAUCCAAUGGCCCUUUUCUACUUUUUAUAUCAGGGUUGUCUACGUGAAUUGAAUGAUUCAUGUUGCUUUUGUUCAUUAAACAGUACAUUUUGACUUUUUUACAUAAAUUAUUUUGUUAACCGAUAAGGUUCUAUUGAUUGUAGCUAUUGUAUAUGCUGUGGGUAUCUGUAAACAAUGCAAGCACUUUUGCCUACUUACAAUUUACUGGGUUGUCUCUGUUUUCUAUUUGUAUUUAUAAAUGUAGGAAAUGAAGUGGUAUAUAUGUAAAAAAAAAUUAUCAAAAUGUGCCUUAAACUAAUUAUUCUUAAUUUUCUACUUUCAGAGGAGGAAAAUAGUAGCAUGCUUUCAUUUUUAUGAUAAAUAAAAAACAUCCUGCAAUUA